AUGCUCGGGCGACAGGCCGAAGCACGUGCAAGCUGGGGCAGAGCCCUAGAACUGCACUCGGAGCAGGGUUUGUCGCCUUCGAGCUUUCUGGUGCCGGUGGUGGAGGGCGAGGAGGCGUAUCGCCGCUUUCGAGCCCAGGAGGCCGCAGCUUUCGGAGCAGCGCUGGCUGCCGAGGCCCCGACCUUCGCCGCUUCUCUGUCUGCUGCGCUGGCGGACCUUCGGCGGCUGGAGAACGACCCGGCGUGGCUUGUUCGCUGGGCUUCCGAGCGCACGGACGUCUGUGCCGGGUCCUGUCCCUACACGCGGUUGACUUUCGAUGAAUGGCAAGCCAUGGCCCAGCGCCCGGCCCUCCGCGCCGCGCGCGGCGGCGUGCUGCUGACGCUGGGCUCGGGUCUGGGUGAGGACUGCAUUUUCGCACUGGCUUUCGGAUUUUCCCGCUGCCUGCUCUUCGACAUCCUGUGCGAGUCCAUGGUGGCAUCCGCCAAAGACAUCGCAGAGCGCCACGGCUACGCUGAGCGCAUGGAGUACCGAUGUGCGGAUGUCAAGCGUCUUGACAGCUUUGGCGAAGCAUCUCUUGUUCGAAUACCACAGGGGCCGGCCUGUGAUCUGGAUUGCCGCCGCUCCUUGCACCGGAGGCUUUCCCUCGAGAUGGCACCCGGUGCUCUCUUGGCCUCAGCAUCGCUCCCGCUGGCCGAUGGGCUGCAGGUCGUGGACAAGUUCGUUGUCAAGCAUCAGUACGAGGAGUAUCCCUCAGAGGUCUUCAUCUUGCAGAAGUCGGCAUGA